GUGGGGAUAGACACUGUAAACCUAAAGUUCGACCCCCCACGUCUGACAAAGUUUAGUGGCGGUAUCUGUCAGACCCACCAAGUUCAUCACUCGUCAGCCACUUCCGUGUCUCGGCUUUCGCUUAUCGUUGACAACAGUCCUCCACUGUCGACGUACAACAAGUAUCUUACUAUCAUCCAGCUUACAGGAAGCUGUAUUGAAACCAAGUGGACCAUCAAAAUGGCGGACGUAGCACUUGUACUCUCGAAAAUCAAAAUUUACAUUGACCACCCAGUUCCUGGACAACCAUUCGCUGAUAUCUUCCGUACGUCAAAAUCUUUCAAGCACUGUCAAUAAGAUGGCACUUGACUUCCAUCUAAAUAGAGAUCCACGCUUCCACGUCAAUGAACAACCCUUUGCUAAACGCUAGCAGCUAUAUUCCGCGAUCCAGCCGCUACGGAAGCAGUGAUAUCCCACCUCAUGUCUCACAUAAAAGCAACCCACGACCUCUCCACAAUCUCCAGCAUAGUCUGCAUCGAAUCCCGAGGUUUCUUCUUCGCACCCAUCCUAGCAUCCCGUCUUAACCUCCCAUGCAUCCCCGUUCGGAAGAAAGGGAAACUGCCUGGGGAGGUACUUACCGUGUCAUACGACAAGGAGUAUGGACCUGAUGUACUAGAGAUCAAGAAAGAUGCUUUUGAGGGUGUGGAGGGGAAGAAAGUGUUGCUGGUGGAUGAUCUGCUGGGCAAGGGAGGAACAGUCUUGGCGGCGAAGGAGUUGGUUGAGGGGAUGGGGAAGGAGGUUAUAGAGGCGAUUUUUAUUUUUGAUAUCCCCGCUUACUAUGGGGCUUUAAAGGAGAAGAUGGGGAGUUUAAAGUGGUAUGCUAUGGUUCAGCUUGAGUGAGUAAAAGGAGAAGCAUGAGGAAGAUGGGUGAAGUCUUUUCCCACCCCACGUUAGCAGACAGCCAUUAAGUCUCACGUCUUCAGAAAGAAAUAACAUGAUAAAACUUCAGGGUCAUAUUUACUCCAAUUUACAUUCAAAAUUGA